GAGAGAGAGAGGGGGGUGAGCGCGCGCGCGCGCACGCACACUCACUUUUAUUUUGAGGGGGGCAAAAGAGACCGGAAUUUUUCGCCUCUGUCAUUCAAAAGAGGAAAACUAAAUAUUUUAAUUUUUAUUAAAAAAAAACCUCAGAAGAAGUAACAUUUAACUGCGGGCCGGCCGUUCCGCAUUGAGGUGGCUUUGCUUUUCCUCAGGAUUUGGAAACGCGAAGGAUUCCGCGCCCCCCCCCCUCCUCCCGCCUCCCUUUUUUCCCCUCUCAGUCGGUUGAUUUUAUUUUCGGUGGGAUUUUAACUGUGAUGUGAGGGCCCUUUGGCGGCGAUGAUUUAAGAAGCGGGGUAAAUGUUUUUGAAGUUGCUGUUGGUCGGACUCGGGCAGCUCACCGCCCCCCUCUGGCUCGGCGGCGGCGCAGAGUGAUGAGUCCAGUGGAUGGGUGAACUUGUUUUGCCUUCACUCUCUAUGUCUUUCUCUCUCCCCUUCUCUCUCAUUAAAUAUAUAUAUUUAUAUAUUGGAUAUAAAACAUUUUAUCAAUAUAAAAUAAAGUUGAUAUUUAUACACAUGCGGCCGACCGCAAUGUUUAAUGCACUUUCCCCCUCCUGAAAUUAUUUCGGGCCCUGUUUUUGUUGAUUUUUUUUCCUCUCUCCUCUUCUUCACUAUUUUUUUGGCUACGUGCGGAAAGAGGGUAAAGAGAGAAGGGGAGCUGGGGCUUUCUUUUUUUUGCCUUUUUUAGAGGGGUGGCGGAAAAAGUGAAGGAAAGUGGCGCGGGAAGUAGAGGAGAUGGAGUUGCAAACUCUGCAGGAGGCUCUGAAAGUGGAAAUCCAGUCUCAUCAGAAACUUGUGGCCCAGAUGAAACAGGAUCCACAGAAUGCUGAUUUGAAGAAACAGCUCCAUGAAUUGCAAGCCAAGAUAACCACACUCAGUGAGAAACAAAAAAAGGUGGUUGAACAGCUGAGGAAGGAUUUGAUGGUAAAACAGGAACAUCAUGAAGGCAAACUGCCAAUGCAACAGCCACAGAUACUGCCACAGCAGCAGCAACAGAUUGUACCACAACUGAGCAGCCCACAGAAGACAAUAAAUGAACCUUCAAUAGUCACCACAAAGGCGAUUCCACUUACUCUACUGAAAACAACACAUACAAUGCCUGCCUCGGUCGUUUCACCAAGAUCCAUUGCUAUGGUAACAGCUCUAAGCAACCCUCAGAAAUCAGUGGUUAAUGCAGACUCUCAAAACACACCCAUCAACCUACAGAUUACCAACAAACUGACAACUCUGGGGGUCGACGCUGUGCGAAUAAUGCCAAAAUCAACUGUACAGUUGCAGGUACAGACAACAAACUCUCCACCAAUCAAGGUUCCCCAGUUCAUUCCACCACCCCGGCUGACCCAACGCCCAACCCUUUUACCACAGGUUCGUCCGAAACCAGUGAUGCCAAAUAGCAUUCCGAUUGCACCUGCACCGGUGUUUACUACUUCGCAACUUAUCCAGAGACCAGUGGUGCUGACAAAAUUUACACCCACCACUCAGCCAUCAACUGCAAAUUCCAUACAUCAGACCAGAAUUGUGAAUGGACAACCAACUGCCAUCACCAAGACGCUACCAACUGCGCAGUUAACGGGCAUUGUGAUCGCUACCUCUGGUCCUAAGGUGCCGAGUCCCCAACAGCUGAAACUCAGCAAAACAAAUCUGGAGAACAAGACCAUUAAACUUCAGGUUGAAUGGGAAGAAAGGCGGAAUGAUGCCAGUCCUUCCUCCCCAGUUCCACCUAAACCCAAGAAAGAGGAGAACCCAGAGAAAGUUGCUUUCAUGGUUUCUCUGGGAUUGGUUACACAUGAUCACCUUGAAGAAAUCCAAAGCAAGAGGCAAGAAAGAAAACGACGAACAACAGCAAAUCCAGUGUAUAGUGGAGCAAUUUUUGAACCAGAGCGCAAAAAAACAGCAGUAACUUACUUGAACAGCCCUGUGCAACCUGGGACACGGAGAAGAGGUCGCCCUCCUAAGUACACUAACGUGUUGGGUCUGGGGGCAAUGGCACCUUCCUCCCCUCCAAGUCAUCCUGCCUCCCCAGAUUUCGAAAAAACAGAGAAUUUGCUCAGUUUUGCUGCUCCAACACAGUCUGCAUCCAGUCCCAGCUCUGUAGAUGGUUUGCCCUAUUUAGCCACAACGGCUACUUUACAAAGGGGCCCUGUCAGCAAGCUGCAAGAUGAGGCAAACAACGUUGAAAACAUCACAAAAAACACAACCUUGUCUGGUGACAUCCAUGAGGAUUUCUGCUCUGUGUGUCGACGUAGUGGACAGCUGCUGAUGUGUGACACUUGUUCUCGUGUGUAUCACCUGGAGUGCCUGGACCCGCCAUUAAAAGCCAUUCCCAAAGGAAUGUGGAUUUGUCCUAAAUGUCAGGAGCAGAUUCUGAAAAAGGAAGAAGCAAUCCCAUGGCCUGGGACAUUAGCAAUCGUUCAUUCUUAUAUUGCCUACAAGGCUGCAAAAGAAGAAGAAAAACUAAAGUUGUUAAAGUGGAGUGCAGAACUAAAGCAGGAGCGAGAACAGUUGGAACAUAAAGUUAAACAACUGAGUCAUUCCAUAACGAAAUGUAUGGAGACUAAGAAUACAUUGCUCGCUCGACAAAAGGAUAUGCAGUCCUCGUUGGAGAAAGUAAAACAGCUGAUCCACCUGAUCCAGGGUAUACAGCUCACAAAAAAUGCUACACCAACAGAUGAGGCAGUCAUCAACCCCACAGACUAUAUGAACUCUCCCACCAUUGAACCUUCACCAGUGAACUGUGACAGUAAUUUAGACACCAAGUAGCUGAAAGAAAGGGCUAGAUACUGUAGAACUUAUAAACCUUUCUGGGAACAAAAUUGUGACAGGCUGUUCCUGACUUGCCAAUUGAAAGAUAAUUCUGUGCUGGAUUGUGUUCUUAUAGAUCCACAUUGGGAGUGCCAGCUUGGUAAGAACCAGCGUCAAGCCAAGUGAAAUACCAGUGUGUGCCUGCUGCCACCAGUUUGGUUUUUAGUUGUCUACUCUUCAGGGAUACAGAUAGAAAACAAUCGUGAUGACUUAAUGAGCUGCCCUGGUCAUGGAAUGUGUUUUCAUGAUUUUCGAGUCCAGGACUACUUGAGCAGAAUAACAUAUUUCAUGCAAUGCAACAUGAUAGGGGGAAAUAUAGUACAGGAAGCAAAGUUUGAAAGGCACGAGAACAUGAUGGUCCUAAUCACUGACUGUAACUGAAGUAGCAAAGGCUGAAUCAGAAGUACAGAGAGACAGGUACAUUGUGUUUUGGGCACAGCACAGAGUACAAUGAUAUUCCUAUUUUGUUUUUAAAUGCAAAAAAACACAAAUGGAUAUUUAUUAUUGGGAGGGUAGGUGAUGGCACCAAAACCAUGCAUGGCUUAUGAUGAAGAGUGUUUCUUUUUAAUUUUGUUUUAAAAUGUCAGGUGGUUGUUAAUUGUACAAAUAGUUGUUUCGGUGUCUUAGGCACUGGAAAACAAAAGGUGGGCAGACUGAAUUUGUCCUGAGAUUUUUUUUGGGAGGGGGGGGGGGGGGGGGGGGGGGGGGGGGUGGUUUAAGCUUUGGGAAAUAUUCAGGUCUUCCUAGUGUUACCGAAAUUAGAUCAA